AGGUGUCCAGUGAUAUGGCCGUUACAAAAACCUGAUAGAUUAAAUGUGUUUUGGAAAAGAGAAUAAAAAGCAGAUGUUGAAACGGUUCGAACAUCGUAAAGAGUAUUCUAGUUUUACGUGUUAAAAUCUGCGGCUGUGUAUAUUACAGUAAAAGACAGUGUUUGUACAGGCAGCGGUGAAGCUAGGAUAUUAAUGAAGGACCCUGAUGCAGGAGGACGGAAGCGAAUCGAGAAGUUAAAUAUAAGAUGACUGUUUAUAAUCUAUACAUAUUCGACCGUAAUGGAAUCUGCCUACACUACAGCGAAUGGAACCGCAAAAAACAGGCAGGGAUCUCCAAAGAGGAGGAGUUUAAGCUGAUGUAUGGAAUGCUGUUCUCCAUUCGCUCCUUCGUCAGUAAGAUGUCUCCACUCGACAUGAAGGAUGGGUUUGUGUCAUUUCAGACGAGUCGUUAUAAACUUCAUUAUUAUGAAACUCCAACAGGAAUUAAAGUGGUGAUGAACACAGAUCUGGGAGUUCCUAACUGCAGAGACGUCCUCCAUCAGAUCUACAGCACGGUCUAUGUGGAGUGUAUAGUGAAGAAUCCGCUAUGUGAGCUGGGAGGAACCCUGCAAAGUGAACUGUUUUCCAGCAGACUCGACUCAUUCAUCAGAGCACUGCCUUUCUUCAGUGUCCGUGCCGCAUAAACACUGUGUGUGUGUGUGUGUGUGUGUGUGUGUGUGUGUGUG